UGUUAUUUUGCCACGUAUCUAAAACCUUACUCUCGUGAAACCGAAAGAAACCCUAGCUCUCGUCCCGUCUCACACGGUAAAAAAAAAAGAAAAAAAAUUGAAUUUCCAGAAAAAAAAAAUUAUCGAGAAAUUAAUUUCAAAAAUCGACAAAUCUAUUAGGGUUUCAAUUCGAAAUCCCUAGAUUCAAACCCUAGUCGACGCUCGUACUCUUGAUAUUCACGAUUCAGCGGAGAAAUUGAUGUUAUUUGAUAUACCGAUCCAGAUCUGAAAAAUGUGUGAUGGGAAUGUGAAAAGUGGGGGAUUGGGGUUUCCCUGUUUGGAUUGAAGGAUUGUUGAUGGAAAAUAGAAUAGGAAACUCUCAUGGAGCGGAAAUUCCUAGGAAAUCAAGAUCUUUGGAUCUUAAGAGUUUGUAUAAAUCUGGUGAUUCUAAGGAGUCUUCUAAAAAUAAGAGCUUGAAGAGGAAAGAUAGUUCACAAGAAGGUGAUGAUGAGAAGAGGAGUAGUAAUAAUAACAAGAGAAAGAAAAGUAGGAAAGCGUUGCCUCUCAGUAGUUUUAGAACCGUUGAUGGUAGCAAUAGUAGCAAGAGUUUAACAGAAGUGUAUAAUGGGGGGUUCAGUUCGGGGUUGCAUGAUUCGGAAAGUUUGAAGAAUUUGGGUUUGAGUCAGAAAUUAAAAAAUGGUUGUGGUGCUAAUGGCAUUUCACUUAGUUUGGGUGACAGUGAGACUAGGAUUCCAAGGCGUAAACGUGGGUUUGUGGGGCGGAACAAGUUUGAGGGUGGUCAAAGGUUGAAGUUGGCAGGGCGAUCUAGUAGUACAGUUGUUGAUGUUAAGGAGGAAGUGAAGUUAACCAGUGAAGAUUCUGGCACUCAGAAUGAGUCUUCCAAGGUUAAACAGAAGAAGUUUAUUGAUGAUUUUAAGGAAAAUAGAAACAGUGAGUCCAGUUUAGUUCAGCAUUUAAAGGAAGAAGAUGGUGUUGCUGCUUACCUAGCUGUAAAUGAUGGUGACUCUUUGUUAAAAAAAUCACAGAGGAAUCCUAGGAAGAGGAAGGAUUCGGUGAAGGGUGGUAAAAGCGUUGCAAAGAAGGCUGAGAUUUUAGUUGGUUCUUCUGUUAAGACGUGUGAUGAUUUUAAAGAAGAUGAUGAAGAGAAUCUUGAAGAGAAUGCAGCUAGGAUGUUAUCAUCACGGUUUGACCCGAGCUGUACUGGCUUUUCUUCAAACAGCAAAGUCUCUGUAUCACCAUCUGAGAAUGGAUUUUCUUUUCUCUUAUCUUCUGGUCAGAAUGCUAGUUCUGGGUCUAAGACUUUUUCUGGUUCGGAAUCUGCAUCUGUUGAUGCUUCUGGUAGAGUGUUGAGACCAAGGAAAAGUCAUAAAGAGAAAAGCAACUCGAGGAAAAGGCGCCAUUUUUAUGAAAUUUACUCUGGAGAUUUGGACGCGUCCUGGGUGUUGAAUAGAAGAAUCAAGGUGUUUUGGCCUUUGGACAAGAGUUGGUAUUAUGGCCUUGUCAAUGAGUAUGACAAAGAGAGAAAGCUUCACCAUGUAAAAUAUGAUGAUCGUGAUGAGGAGUGGAUAAAUUUACAGAAUGAGAGGUUUAAACUCUUGCUUUUUCCCAGUGAAGUUCCCAGCAAGUCUGAGCGGAAAAGAUCCCGGCGAAAGAGGUGUUCUGAUGAUAGAAUCAGGAACUUGAAGCCCAACAGGGAGGAGAAGAGAAAUGUUGUGACAGAAGAUGACAGUGGUAAUGGGAGCUAUAUGGAUUCAGAGCCAAUCAUCUCCUGGUUGGCACGCUCUAGUCAUCGUGUCAAAUCCUGCCCUUUGCGUGCUGUGAAGAGACAGAAAACAUCUGCCUCAUCUCAUAGUUCUCCGGGCCAACCGUUGUUGUGUGAUGAGGCGGUGGAUGAAAACAGUUGUCUGUACAGGGUUUCAUUGAGAGUGGACAAAAUUGAAUUGUCUGGUGCCUCUGCAUUGUCAGACAGACCAGUUGAUGGCAUUAGGGUUGAGGAUUCUUCCUUGGGUAGCACCAGUUGCCUCAAGGACAGCAAACAUCCUAUCGUAUAUUUUAGAAGGCGGUUUCGCAGGACAGAGAAAGCAUUGUGUCAGGCUUCUGAAGGCAAUUGUGUUGCCAGUAGUGUAUCUGAAUCUAUAACUUCCCUAGCUUCUGUUGAUGAAUUUCAGGAUUUGGGAGAACUUGAUGUUUGUCUGGGAAGGUUGGAUCCUGAAGGAGAUUUGUUGUUUAGUGAUAAUGCAGGGCAGUUACGAUUAAAUAUUUCUUUGUUACGUACAAAACAAUUCAGGUUUGGGUUGAGCUUCCCUGUGUUCUCUGUCUCAAAUAACUUAUUUGGAACAAAGAGCUUUUCGCUGGUUCAUACUUUGUUGCUGCUUCAGUGUGGUACGGUGAUGACUAUCUGGCCAAUGGUUCAUCUGGAGAUCCUUUUUGUUGAUAAUGAAGUUGGGCUAAGGUUUCUUUUGUUUGAAGGUUCCCUGAAACAGGCUGUAGCUUUUGUUUUCCGGGUCCUGACGGUAUUUUAUCUACCUACUGAGCAGGGGAAGUUUGCUGACCUGCAGUUGCCUGUAACUUCAAUCAGGUUCAAGUUUUCUUGCUCUCAAGAUUUUAGGAAGCAGAUUGUCUUUGCAUUUUACAACUUCCAUGAAGUGAAGCAUUCAAAAUGGGUGUUCUUGGAUUCUAAGCUGAAAAGACAGUGUCUGAUCACUAGGCAAUUACCUCUGUCUGAGUGCACUUAUGAUAACAUUAAGGCUCUUCAGAAUGGAACUAAUCAGCUACAUAGUUCUCCUGCUUACAAAGACUCCUCAUCACUUGAGGGUUUAAGGAGGAGAAGGUAUAGGCAGGGUAUCAGCCUUAUGGGUGUCUCCAGAGAAUCUAGUUUUCUGAAAGUUGGCCAAUUUACUUCCAGUUCUGAGAAGAAGCACAGAAAUCUUCCUCUGUUUGCCCUUUCUUUUGGUGCUGCACCUACUUUCUUUCUUAGUUUGCAUCUUAAGCUACUUAUGGAACAUAGUGUUGCUCGCAUCAGCUUUCAGGAUCAUGACUCCAAUGAGCAGCUAGGAAGCUCUGGCGAUUUGAUGGUGGAUGACAGUUCUAAUAGAGAGGACUGUGUGGACAAAAGGUUUGACAGUAGUAGUGUAGAGAAAAAUCUGAAGGCUUCAUCAAAGGAUGCUGCUUCUGACACUGAGUUAACAACUCUUGAUCUCUCUGUUUGUGGUGAUGAACAUUGGAAAAAGUCCUCACAGAAGUAUGAAAAUGGUGAUCAAACUAUUGAUGGAACUUUUGCCAGCUCUCAUGAACCUGAAGAAGUUGGAGCCACCGCUAUUGUUCCAUUACAGAAGCAACAAUGUGCCCAUUCAGAGUCUGAGCAACUUGUUUCAUCAUCAAAGUCACUAGUUGAUGGUGAUAGGAACAAUGCAGGGUCUAAUUCCGUUUUGAAUGAUAUUAGGGUCGAGAUUCCAUCCUUUGAUCAAUAUGAAAAUCAUAUUGAUGGCGAAUUACCCGGUACUCAACAGUCUAGUGAUUUGACUUGGAAUAUGAAUGGUGGCAUUAUCCCAAGCCCUAAUCCUACUGCUCCUAGAAGUACAUGGCAUCGGAAUAGAAGUAGUUCCUCAUCGAUUGGUUAUAAUGCCCAUGGAUGGUCAGAAGGAAAGGCUGAUUUCUUCCACAAUAAUUUUGGAAAUGGACCUAAGAAGCCACGAACCCAGGUAUCAUACUCAAUGCCCUUUGGAGGUUUAGAUUACAGCUCAAAAAAUAAAGGCCACCACCAGAGAGGUCCUCCUCACAAGCGAAUUAGGAGGGCUAAUGAGAAGAGGUCUUCUGAUGUUUCUAGAGGUUCCCAAAAAAACUUGGAGUUAUUAUCUUGUGAUGCAAAUUUACUAAUUACUCUUGGUGACAGAGGAUGGAGAGAAUGUGGAGCACAGGUUGCGCUAGAGCUUUUUGAUCAUAAUGAAUGGAAGCUGGCUGUGAAAGUUUCAGGGUCUACGAGGUACUCUCACAAGGCACAUCAGUUCCUGCAGCCUGGGUCUACCAAUCGUUAUACGCAUGCUAUGAUGUGGAAAGGAGGAAAGGAUUGGAUCUUGGAGUUCACUGACAGGAGCCAGUGGGCUCUUUUUAAGGAGAUGCAUGAAGAGUGCUACAAUCGUAACAUUCGUGCUGCUUCAGUUAAGAACAUUCCUAUUCCAGGGGUUCGCUUGAUAGAGGAAUAUGAUGAAAAUGCAGAAGUGACAUUUUUUCGCAGUUCUUCCAAAUACUUGCGGCAGGUUGAAACGGAUGUUGAGAUGGCUUUGGAUCCAUCCCAUGUUUUAUAUGACAUGGAUAGUGAUGAUGAACAGUGGAUUUCAAGAAUUCGCAGAUCUUCAGAAAGUGAUGUUAGCAGCUGCUCAUUGGAAUUUUCUGAUGAAUUGUUUGAGAAGACAAUGGACAUUUUUGAGAAGGCUGCCUAUACUCAACAGUGUGAUCAGUUUAAUUCUGAUGAAAUACAAGAGCUCAUGGCUGGAGUUGGGUCCAUGAAAGUAAUCAGACCGAUCUAUGAGCAUUGGCGACAGAAGAGGCAGAGAGUUGGACUGCCUUUAAUUCGGCAUCUUCAGCCGCCAUUGUGGGAAAUGUAUCAACGGCAAGUGAGAGAGUGGGAGCUAUCUAUGUCAAAAGUUAACCCUAUUCUCCCCAAUGGAUGCUCAGAUAAGGUUCCAUCCAUUGAGAAGCCCCCCAUGUUUGCUUUCUGUUUGAAACCCCGGGGUUUGGAAGUGCCAAACAAAGGGUCAAAACCAAGAUCUCAGCGGAAAAUUUCAGUUUCUGGUCAAAGCAACCAUGCGUUGGGGGAUCAUGAGGGUUGUCAUUCCUUUGGAAGAAGAUCAAAUGGAUUCCUGUUUGGGGAUGAAAAGGUUCUAUAUCCUGUGCAUAACUAUGAAUCUUUAGAGGAUUCCCCACUGUCUCAGGCAUCACCAAGGGUAUUUUCACCACGAGAUGUAGGCAGCAUGGGAUAUUUCUCCAUGGGCAGUGAUGGGUUUAAUAAGAAAUAUCACCAGAAACUUCAAAGGAGCAAGUCAAAGAAAUUUGGCAAUUUUCUAUCAUCAAAUGACGCACAAAUGAUGGCUUCAUAUAGCCAGAGACUAAUGGGCAAGAGAAAUGGAAUUCGUCAGUGGAACAUGGGCUUUUCUGAGUGGCAAAGCCAGCGGCAUUCCUUCUCAGAUGGUUUUCAAAGGCAUGGCCCCGAACAGUUGGAUAAUUCUGAUAUUGAUGAGUUCAGGUUGCGUGAUGCAUCUAGCGCAGCCCAGCAGGCACUUAAUAUGGCCAAGUUCAAAAGAGAGAGAGCUCAGAGAUUGCUUUUCAGAGCAGAUCUAGCAAUUCACAAGGCUGUGGUUGCUCUCAUGACUGCAGAGGCAAUCAAAGAAUCUUCUGAGGACUUAAAUGGUGAUGGGUAGAAUAAUCUGAUGAAAUAUGGAGGGUGGACAGAAUGAAAUUAGCCAGCACCAUGCAUUUCUGGAAUUGAAGAGUACCUAAAGAAUUGAGAUUGUUUUUGCUGGAAUGGGUCUGGUUUUUCCAUUCUCAGUGAUGGUGGCCAGGAGUUGUUGACUGAUCCAGUGUAAAAGUUCUAACAGGAGAGCUGUGAGCAGUAAGAGUAGUACUUUGCUUCUGCUGCAUAUCGUGGCAGUGUUUUUUUGUGCAACUUCACAGCUUUUUCAGUCAGUAGGUUUUGUUAAUCCCAACAGCAGGCUACCAGUUGAGUGCAACUGUUGUUUGAUCCUGCGGGUAAGGGGUGUAUGGAAUUUUGGCAGCCGAUCUUUGUACAGAUAUAUAUUUUUUUUCCUUACCUCUUAUUUUGUUCGAUUUUUCCCCUUAGCCUUGAUGUCAGAGUAGCAGUUGGCCCAAAUAAUACAGCACCCCUUUGAAUCAAAUUACAAUUUCCUGUCUGAUUGAAAUGUUUGGAGCAUUUCGUAGGUACGUAUCAACCAAAAGCGCACAUCUGAAAUGAGGAAAUAGAGAAUGCUGUAAGUAAUUAUCUUUAUAAAUUUUCACAGAGAUUCAUUAGAAGGGAAGAAUCUUUUGUUGCUUCACAUUGUUUCAUGUGUCUUAUUGAUUUUGAAUUGUCUGGAGCAAUAGAUGAUUUGGGAAGCGUUUAUGUACAGCCUGUUCCUUGUUUUUCUGUAUUGCUUCAAGAAAUAACAGCAACAUGUCCCAAACAGAAGCAACAUAUAUCCUUCAUAAUUUUAUUUA